AAUCAACCCCGCAAUUCUUCGUAUUUCCUUGCUAGGAUUUCACGACUUUUAAACCCUAAAAACACCGCAGGGAAAGGAGGGAAUUAGCCGUCAGCCUGCCACGUGGCAUGAUUUGCCACAGCCCAUCUUACGAAAUUUCAUUUCUUCACCAAUCCAGCCCAUCCACCUCCUCUUUUUCAUUCGCAUUCGGCGCUUGGAAAAGCACCCUAAAACCCCAACCACGCUGGUGGCAAUCUUCACGUCCACUUUCAAAAAUAGCAGGGAAAAAUUGCCUAUUUAAGCCGUGUUUGAGUAGCCUUACCCAGAUUUGUAAUUGAAGGAUUUGUAGCAGCAGCUAUGGAGAGGUCAAAGAAGCGCAGCAGAGGUUUUACAGCAGAAGAAAUGGAAGUAGCAGAUGCUCUGCUAAUGCUUUGUCAUUUGGAUUGCUUUUUGGUUCGGUGGGCAGUCAAAAGGAGGCGAUCUGCUAUCGCUAGAGAUGGCCUUAGUGACACCCGCCCUACCCACCAAUCCAAACUGGCCAACAGAAGUCCCUUGACGGCACUUGGCUUAUCUUGGAGUGAAAGUGAUGAGUUUGAUGAGAGGGCAGGUGGGCCGCCGCCGUCUUCAAAUGAGACGAGUGUAAAAAAUGUAUGUAGGAGAAGGCUGCCUAAGAAAAAGACACACAAGGAAUUGAAAGAAAUGGUGAACACACUCUCUUCAGAAAAGAGUACAUUGAAAAAGGAGGAAGAGCAACUGAUGAAAACCUAUCACGAGCUGCAAGAGCAGAACCAUCAUUUAAAAUCACAGUUGGCAGCAUGCCUUAAUCAAAGACGAGAGCAAAAACUGCUCUCCACUCCCCAGCCAACAUCAUCUUCAUCUGAUAAGGGCUCAAUCCCUGGUACAGAAGCUUUUGUCUCUAUUGAUGAUUCGUUAAGGCAUAAUGAACAUGACUCAUCUGACCAUUUUGUUAGCAACCUGGCUUUAAGCACUGUGCAUGAUGAACCUUUGUAUGCUGGAGCUGGAGUGUCUGUUUAUCCACAUGAACUUGACCUUGAAGCUUCAUCUAGGUCUGAGAAUGUGGACUCUCCAAGGCCUACCAAGGAUCCCUCUUGUUUUAUAGGCCUUUCAGAUUUGAAUUCUUUUACUGAAGCUAUUUGUGAUAUGGUUCUAAAUGGUUUCAAUGAAGAAAUGCUUCUUUCAAAGGACAAAACUGCUGUUGCUGCUGAAGCAAGGAGGCGGCGAAUAGAGCUUACCAGAGCCAAAUAUGCCCAAAUGCAUAAAGUUCGAAGAAAUCAUGCAUGCUUCUAAAUUCUCUUCUCUCUGCCAACAAAAUAUUUUGCUGUGUAGGUUAAGUUCUGGAUUUGAUUAAGUCCGGAGUUUUGUAGAUUGGAAUUAGUCUAUUGGAUGUCAAAGAAUGUUGCAUAGUUGGCUAAAUAGGAAUCAAAUUAACGAACUGAAUUUAGUGGGAAAUAUUUUAGGAUCUAGGCAGUAGACACAUUUGUUUAAUGCUGGUUAAGGUGUUGUGAAUGGGGCAACCAUGCCUGGUUCUGAGCUCUGUAUUCAGUUGAGGAGAGGAUAUACAUUUUCAGUUGAGGAGCGGAUAUACAUUUUCUGUUUAUAUCUGACAAAGCAUGCAUUUGUUACUCAAUAUCAUGACGACGAAGUUGUCUUGACUUGGGCUGCCCAUUAUAGGAUGUAGGUAGUAUGUAGCAAUGAAUUGAGAGUCUAGAAGAUAUUCAGAUUCCUUAAUUUGUAUUCUAAUUACCAAUUUUGUUUUUCACGAUUGUGAGAAAAUAUGGUAAUUGCAAGGGAGGCACAAUUGAAAGUGCUGUAAGAAAUAAGAGUGUAUGCACCUGGGAGAUUAGUCUCCAUUUUAGCAUCAUCUCAUAAAGUUCAAGGCAUGUUUAUAAUUGAUCCCAAGGAGUAUGCUUCUUUGGCUAUUGAUCAUGUAAGUAUCAAUUUUGUAUUUUCUAUCCACUAUUCAUUGCCCCAUUCAUUAAUCAAAAUCUCACUGACAUAUUUAUUUAA